AUGGUGAACUAUAUACUAUUUGAAACAGCUUUUGGAUACGCUUUAUUUGAAGUAUUAGAAACAGAAGAAAUUGGUUCUAAACUUGAAGAGGUUCAAAAAGCAACAGAAGAUUUGGUAAAAUUCGGAAAAUUGGUUAAACUCAAAUCUUUUUCACCUUUUAGGAAUGCCGUUCAUGCUUUAGAAAAUACUAACGAUAUAUCAGAAGGAGUCGUAAAUGAUUUUCUUAAAGCUUUUUUGGAAAUGAACCUUCCAAAACCAAAAAAGAAGAAAAACAUUGUAUUAGGUAUCAUUGACAAAAGUUUGGCGGGAUCUAUUAAAACUGAAUUAGGAUAUAAUUGUGAGACUGGAGAACUUGUUCUUGAAUUAAUUCGCGGCAUUCGUUUACAUGCUGAUAAAUUAUUGAGUCAGGUUAAAGGGGGUGAGCUUCACAAAGCACAACUCGGUUUAGGUCAUAGCUAUUCUAGGGCAAAAGUAAAGUUUAAUGUUAAUCGUGCUGAUAAUAUGAUUAUUCAGGCAAUAUCUUUAUUGGAUCAAUUAGAUAAAGAUAUAAAUACAUUUGCUAUGCGCGUGAGGGAAUGGUAUUCAUGGCAUUUUCCUGAACUUGUAAAAAUUGUGAAUGAUAACUAUUUAUAUGCAAAACUUGCAAAAUUUAUUCGAAACAAGAGCGAUCUUACUGAAGAUAGAUUGGAAGAUCUUUUACCAAUUGUUAAUGACGAAGACAAAGCAAGACAGAUAAUUGAUGCAGCACAUUCAUCAAUGGGUACAGAUAUUGCUGAAUUAGACAUGGUAAAUAUCUGCCAUUUUGCAGAUUGUAUAAUAGAUCUUGUUGAAUAUCGUAAACAUUUAAGUGAAUAUUUAUUGGAUAGAAUGAAUAAUGUCGCACCAAAUCUAUCAGCUUUAAUUGGUGAAGUAGUUGGAGCUCGAUUGAUUUCACACGCUGGAAGUUUAACUAAUUUAUCAAAAUAUCCUGCAUCGACUGUACAAAUUUUAGGUGCUGAAAAGGCUCUAUUUAGAGCUCUUAAAACUAAGGGAAACACCCCAAAAUACGGUCUUUUAUUUCACUCAUCAUUUAUCGGCAGAGCGGGUGCAAAAAAUAAGGGUAGAAUAUCACGCUUCUUGGCCAAUAAAUGUUCAAUUGCUUCACGAAUUGAUUGUUUUUCAGAAAAAACUAGUGCAACGUUUGGCGAAGCAUUAAAAAAUCAAGUUGAAGAAAGAUUAAAGUUUUAUGAAGAUAAACAACAAUAA